GUUUUUUUUGGUUUUUAAAUGUAGUUUUACCAGACCAUGGAUCUGUCAACACAUCCCUGUUUUUAGUUUAAAUGUAGUUUUACCAGACCAUGGAUCUGUCAACACAUCCCUGUUUUUAGUUUAAAUGUAGUUUUACCAGACCAUGGAUCUGUCAACACAUCCCUGUUUUUAGUUUAAAUGUAGUUUUACCAGACCAUGGAUCUGUCAACACAUCCCUGUUUUUAGUUUAAAUGUAGUUUUACCAGACCAUGGAUCUGUCAACACAUCCCUGUUUUUAGUUUAAAUGUAGUUUUACCAGACCAUGGAUCUGUCAACACAUCCCUGUUUUUAGUUUAAAUGUAGUUUUACCAGACCAUGGAUCUGUCAACACAUCCCUGUUUUUAGUUUAAAUGUAGUUUUACCAGACCAUGGAUCUGUCAACACAUCCCUGUUUUUAGUUUAAAUGUAGUUUUACCAGACCAUGGAUCUGUCAACACAUCCCUGUUUUUAGUUUAAAUGUAGUUUUACCAGACCAUGGAUCUGUCAACACAUCCCUGUUUUUAGUUUAAAUGUAGUUUUACCAGACCAUGGAUCUGUCAACACAUCCCUGUUUUUAGUUUAAAUGUAGUUUUACCAGACCAUGGAUCUGUCAACACAUCCCUGUUUUUAGUUUAAAUGUAGUUUUACCAGACCAUGGAUCUGUCAACACAUCCCUGUUUUUAGUUUAAAUGUAGUUUUACCAGACCAUGGAUCUGUCAACACAUCCCUGUUUUUAGUUUAAAUGUAGUUUUACCAGACCAUGGAUCUGUCAACACAUCCCUGUUUUUAGUUUAAAUGUAGUUUUACCAGACCAUGGAUCUGUCAACACAUCCCUGUUUUUAGUUUAAAUGUAGUUUUACCAGACCAUGGAUCUGUCAACACAUCCCGUUGAGGAUUCGGCUCGUCACGUCUACGGAGCCGUUAGAUUUCAGAUAGGAUUUCCUGGUUGUUCAGUCGGGUGAAUAAAGCCACUUGUCUGUCUUGAUAUUUUGUUGUAUCUUUUGACUAAAUCCUUUGGGUGUCUGUGCAGUUUUCCUAAAGGAAUAUGAGACUCAAAUUGACAGGAAUGUGAAAGUAACACUAGCAGAGCUGGACCUGGACACAGUCCCUCGUCUCCUAGACAGAGUGUCAGGAAGAACCUGGACUUUGAGCCCAACUCCACCACAGCACUUAUACUGGAGGCUCGCCCGGCUAAUCUGCCAGCCAAGCCUGCGGAGGAGGCCCAGAAACACAGACAACAGUAUGAGGAGAUGGUGGCCCAGGCCAAGAAGAGAGAGCUCAAGGAGGCCCAGAAGAGGAGGAAGCAGCUGGAGCUCAGGUGUAAGGUGGAAGAGAGCAUUGGCAACGCCGCCCAGACCUGGAACCAGGAGAUUCUGCCCAACUGGAGCACCAUGUGUAACUCUCGGCGGGUCAGGGACCUCUGGUGGCAGGGCGUGCCCCCUAGCGUCAGGGGCAAGGUCUGGAGCCUGGCGGUGGGCAAUGAGCUCAACAUCACUCACGAGCUGUACAACAUCUGUCUGGCCAGGGCCAGGGACAAGUGGAAGUCUAUGCCUACAGAACCAGUGACUGAAGAUGCAGGUUCAUCUCUGGCGGACAGAGAGGCCAGUCUGGAGCUGAUCAAGCUGGACAUCUCCAGAACCUUUCCCCAUCUCUGUAUCUUCCAACAGGGAGGUCCGUACUACGACGUGCUGCACAGCAUUCUAGGAGCAUACACCUGCUAUAGGCCGGACGUGGGCUACGUUCAGGGUAUGUCGUUCAUCGCGGCGGUGCUGAUCCUCAACCUGGACACGGCAGACGCCUUCAUAGCUUUCGCCAACCUCCUGAACAAGCCCUGUCAGAUGGCCUUCUUCAGAGUGGACCACAGCCUUAUGUUGACCUACUUUGCGGCUUUUGAUGUGUUCUUUGAUGAAAACCUACCUAAGCUGUUUGCACAUUUCAAGGAAAACAAAUUGACCCCCGAUAUUUAUUUAAUCGACUGGAUCUUCACCCUGUACAGUAAGUCACUGCCAUUGGACCUGGCAUGUCGGGUGUGGGAUGUGUUCUGUCGUGACGGAGAUGAGUUCCUGUUCCGGGUGGCCCUGGGAAUCCUGCGCCUGUACGAGGACGUGUUGACCCGCAUGGACUUCAUCCACAACGCCCAGUUCCUCACCCGCUUACCCGACCACAUCCCCCCCGACCAGCUGUUCUCGCACAUCCACGCUGUCCACAUGACCAGCAAGAACAGGAAAUGGGCACAGGUUCUUCAGGCCUUACAGAAGGAGCAGGAGUGGAUCAGUCCAGUUCUAAAGCGCUGAGUACAACGGUCAUCCAGGAGCAAAACAACAGUCUGUAGCUCAUUCUCUAACACAGUACUCUACCUGACCCCGUGAAACAAUGGACCCUAGCCCAGGUCAGGCUGUGUGAAGGAGCUGCCCUCCCUGGGAUGGAGCCUACCCCAGGCUCAGAGCACUCUGGGCUGGGGACAACCAGCCACUGUGGUCCCACUAGAUGUGAGUCAUGGAGCAGAGACCCUGGAGGUCUGGAACAGACUGGGGUGAGGGGUGACUAGGCCUUAUUAUACAUGCUGUGCCCCCUGUCCCAGAAUUAAACCAGGCAGAAAGAUGCUCUCGAAUGUACUGUAUUCUGCCACAUGUCUAUAGCAAGGAUACUAGUUACCCAACUGGACCUUCUCUCUUUCUCACUCCUCUUUUUCUCUUUAUAACUUUCCCACUAUUUUCUCUCUCUUCUACCUCUCUCUUCUACCUCUCUCUUCUACCUCUCUCUUCUACCUCUCUCUUCUACCUCUCUCUUCUACCUCUCUCUUCUACCCCUCUCUUCUACCCCUCUCUUCUACCC